AUGGCCCCCUUCUCAAGCCUCCGCGCCACCCUUACCCAAGCAUAUCCUCCGGCUCCGGCUUUUACUGAGGCAAAUGCACCCCCAGGCUCGCAAAAUGGCCGCGUUUUUAUUGUGACGGGCGGAAAUGCAGGUAUUGGACUUGAGCUGUGCAAGAUUCUCUACGCGAGCGGCGCAACUAUCUAUAUGGCGUCUCGGUCCCAGACCAAAGCAGAAGCGGUCAUCAAAACGAUUACCGAAGCAUCAAAAUCCAAGAACACGAGUGGCAAACUCAAGUUCCUGCAUCUGGAUCUGAACGAUCUCUUGGUCGUCAAGGCCGCAGCAGAAAGCUUCGCGCAGCAGGAAGAUAAACUAGAUGUGCUGUGGAACAAUGCCGGCACCGGAGCUAACAUGGUCACGAUUGGCCAACGCACAGCCCAAGACUUCGAGCCCAUGAUAGGAAUGCACUGCAUUGCGACGCUCCUCUUCACUAAGCUUCUCCUCCCUCAGCUGCGGGCUGCCGCCACUUCUGGUGAAAAUGGCAAGACUCGUGUCAUAUGGACAUCGAGCGCUCUGGCAGAGGGGGGCUCGCCACCCAACGGUCUCGAUUUCGAUAUGUUGGACAAAGGAACAAACAAUCGCACUGAUAACUACGGGACCUCCAAAGCGGGCACCUGGAUCCUCAGUCGGGAGUUUGCUCGUCGAUAUGCCAAGGACGGAAUCGUCAGUGUUUGUUUGAACCCGGGCUUUUUGAAGACAGCUUCCUUCAAUGGGACCCCUGCAGCCAUCAUGUUCGUCUUGAACAAAGUUCUCCUGAGUGAUGCCAUCUACGGCGCAUACACAGAACUUUAUGCUGGACUUUCUUCCGAUAUUACGUUGGAAAACACCGGUUCUUACAUCAUUCCCUGGGGUCGGAUCCGCCCCAAUGAGGCUACUCCGCGACAGGACCUCAUUAAGGCUGGGGAUUCCAAGGAGGAGGGGGGUCUGGAUUAUGGGAACAAGUUCUGGGUCUGGUGUGAAGAGAAAUGGAACAGUUAUAUUUAG